GGUUAGCGAUGGCGGAUACGGUUGUUCAGCUGACUGGAGUCCAGGGUCUGGAGAAUAAUGUGUCCCGAUCACACGUGUCCACCAGAGUGUCUUUCUCAGCGUCCCGGCGAGGAGCGACCGUGAGCUUUCACGACAUCAACUAUAACGUGAAGAUGAAGAGCGGCUUCCUCUGCAAGAGGAAGAUCACGCGCAAGAACAUCCUCAUCGACCUCAAUGGCAUCAUGAAGCCGGGACUGAAUGCCAUAUUAGGAGCGACCGGGAGCGGGAAAUCAUCGUUCCUGGAUGUCCUGGCGGCCCGUAAGGAUCCCGCUGGCCUUUCCGGAGAGGUUCUUAUCGACGGAGCGCCUCAGCCACCAAACUUCAAGUGUCUGUCGGGAUAUGUAGUGCAGGAUGAUGUGGUCAUGGGGACGCUGACCGUGCGGGAGAAUCUGCGUUUCUCAGCCGCUUUACGGCUCCCGAAGACGAUCAAACAGCGAGAGAAAGAUGAGAAGGUGGAGAAACUCAUCCAGGAGCUCGGCUUGAGUAAAGUGGCAGAUUCACGGGUGGGCACGCAGCUGAUUCGUGGAAUUUCGGGAGGAGAGAGGAAGAGGACGAACAUCGGCAUGGAGUUGAUCAUCGAUCCAUCUGUGCUUUUCCUGGACGAACCGACAACAGGCCUCGACGCCAGCACUGCCAACUCUGUCCUCUUGCUGCUGAAGAAAAUGGCUCGCAACGGUCGCACCAUCAUCCUUUCCAUCCAUCAGCCGCGCUACUCGAUCUACCGUCUGUUCGACAGCCUGACGCUCCUGGUGGGAGGAAGGAUGGUGUAUCACGGGCCGGCUCAGGACGCCCUGCAGUACUUCAGUGAGAUCGGAUACACCUGUGAACCUCAUAACAACCCUGCUGAUUUCUUCCUGGAUGUCAUCAACGGAGACUCAACGGCUGUCACACUCAACAAGUUACACAACAGUGAGGAACUGGACCAGGAUCAGAUGAGUUCAUCUCUGAAGGGCAUCGAGGAUCGUUUAGUGGAGGAAUACAGGAAUAGCUCCAGCUUCAAACACACCAAAGGUGAACUGGAUCGCAUCAUUCAGGGUCAGCAGAACAGCAUUCGGGUCAAAAUCAAAACCAGAACCAUCACCUACAGCACGUCCUUCUUCCACCAGUUCAACUGGGUCCUCAAGAGAACCUUCCGGAACCUGAUGCUCAACCCGCAGACCUCCUUCGCUCAGAUCGGGGUCAUAAUCUUCCUGGCUCUGGUUGUUGGAGCGAUAUUUUUCGGAUUGAAGGAAAACUCGAGUGGGAUUCAGAACCGGAUUGGCGCCUUAUUCUUCAUCACUACUAAUCAGUGCUUUAGUUCAGUUUCAUCAGCUGAACUCUUCAUCACAGAGAGGAAACUGUUUGUGCACGAGUACAUCAGCGGCUACUACAGAGUGUCUGUGUACUUUCUGUCGAAGCUUCUGUCUGAAAUCCUCACGCUGCGCACCAUCCCUGCCAUCAUCUUCAGCUGUGUGGCCUACUGGAUGAUCGGCCUGAAGGCAUCGGUGGAGGCGUUCUUUAUCUUCCUCUUCUCCAUCAUGAUGGUCUCGUACACGGCGACUGCCAUGACUCUGGCCAUCUCUGCGGAUCAGACGGUGGUGGCCAUCGCUAAUAUCUUUUUGACCAUCAGCUUCGUCUUCAUGAUGAUCUUCUCUGGGCUGCUGGUGAAUCUCCCCAGUGUGGCUGGUUGGUUGAACUGGUUGAAGUACUUCAGUAUUCCUCGUUACGGUCUUGCUGCUCUGGAAAUCAACGAGUUCACCGGCCUCAGGUUCUGUGACACCAGGAACACAACCGGCACGCCAGAGAAUGUUUGUACCCCAGGCGAGGAGUUCCUGAAGGAACAGGGCAUCGAUUAUUCAGCCUGGGGUUUGUGGCAGAAUCACUUGGCAAUGGGAAUCAUGACCAUCAUUUUCCUGGUCAUUGCUUACCUCAAGCUGCGCUUCAUCAAGAAAUUCACAUAAUCCCAGAUCAUCGUCUUCCUCACACACUCCAACCUUUAUCACAAUCCACCGUUUUCACACGGAACCAAUCAUCGUAUACUGAAGUCAUACAAUCGUCCUACUGGCAGAAAUUAUCAUCAGCUUGCCUUUAACUGUG